AUGGAUAAAUUUGACAUGAUUAAAAUCAUUGGGGAAGGUGCCUUUGGAAAAGCAUACUUGGCUAAAGAAAAAUUGGAUAGCAAGCACUGUGUCAUAAAAGAGAUCAAUUUUGCAAAGAUGCCUAUCCAAGACAAAGAAGCUUCAAAGAAAGAAGUGAUUCUUUUGGCCAAGAUGAAACAUCCCAACAUUGUAACCUUCUUUAGUUCAUUUCAAGAAAACAGCAGAUUAUUUAUCGUAAUGGAAUAUUGUGAUGGAGGGGAUCUUGCAAAAAGGAUCCUCAGGCAGCGGGGAGUGCUAUUUAGUGAAGAUCAGAUCCUGGGUUGGUUUAUACAGAUUUCUCUUGGACUAAAACAUAUUCACGACAGGAAGAUAUUACACAGGGACAUAAAAUCGCAGAACAUUUUUCUUAGCAAGAAUGGAAUGGUUGCAAAACUUGGGGACUUUGGUAUAGCAAGAGUCCUGAAUAAUUCCAUGGAACUUGCCCGGACUUGUGUUGGAACACCUUACUACCUGUCCCCAGAGAUCUGUCAGAGUAAACCGUACAACAAUAAAACGGAUAUUUGGUCCCUUGGCUGUGUCUUAUAUGAGCUCUGCACACUCAAGCAUCCAUUCGAGGGCAGCAACCUGCACCAGCUGGUUCUGAAGAUUUGUCAAGCGCAUUUUGCCCCCAUAUCACCUAGGUUUUCUCGUGACCUGCGGUCCUUGAUCCCUCAGCUCUUUAAAGUUUCUCCUCGGGAUCGACCAUCUAUUAAUUCCAUCUUGAAAAGGCCCUUUUUAGAGAAUCUGAUUGCCAAAUACUUGACCCCUGAGGUCAUUCAGGAAGAAUUCAAUCAUAUGCUCAGAUGCAGAGCAAGAUCAUCUCCCUCCCCACCUGCUGGAAAGAUGGUCCAGGAUUCUAAAAUACAGCGAGUGAAAUUCCAGGGAAAGUUCCCUCCACGAUCAAGAAUAUCAGUACCAUUUGAAAGGAAGGCUGUAUUACCUAGAAAAAAAUGGAGACCACCAGCUGGAACCCAGAAGCCCACGUCUAUAAAAAUGAUAGAAAGGCCCAAACUUGAUGCAGUUUGUGGACAUUAUGAUUUUUAUUAUGCUCGACUUGACUUGUUGAGGAAGAGAGCCUGUGAACCAAGUGAUCACUACGUUCUUCAGAAAGACUCUGGAACUGAGGAGAAUUCUAAUCAAGAAGAAAGUCACAGUCCGUCACCUGCUCAAUGGCCUGCUGAGUAUCUUCAAAGGAAAAUUGAAGCUCAACAAUAUAAGUUAAAAGUGGAAAAGCAAUUGGGUCUUCGUCCAUCUUCUGCUGAGCCAAAUCACAACCAGAGACAAGAGAUUAGAAGGCAUGAAGAAAAGCCUCGAUUCCAGGAGCUGCGGUUUAGAAAAAACGAAAUGAAGGACCAGGAAUAUUGGAAACAGUUAGAGGAAAUACGCCAACAAUACCACAGUGACAUGAAGGAAAUUAGAAGGAAGAUGGGAAGAGAGCGGGAGGAGAACUCAAAAAUCAGUCAUCACACCUAUUUGGUGAAGAAGAGUGGCCUGUCCAUCCACCAAGAAGCACCUGAGGAGGAAGCAUCUGUGCAGGACACUGAAAGAGACUUGAAAAAAAUGAGGCUUCAGAACAUAAAGGAAAGCAAAAUUCCAGAACAGAAAUAUAAAGCUAAGAGAGGAGUGAAGUUUGAAAUUAAUUUAGACAAAUGUAUUUCUGAUGAAAACCCCCUCCAAGAGGAAAAGGCAACGGACAUACUAAAUGAAACUUUGACCUUUGAGGACGGCAUGAAGUUUAAGGAACAUAAAAGUAUAAAGGAGCACGAAGAUUACACAGACAAAGCCUUUGAAGAACUCUGUAGCCCAGAAGCAGAGUUUUUCACUCUGAAUGUUGCUGGCACAGAAAACAGGAGGCAGUGGGAUACCAGAGUGCCUCAGACUCUGAUACAAAUGAUGGCAGCUGCUGAUGUCACCUCCACGUGCUCCACUGUGCCUGAUGAUGGCCAAGUUAUUGUGACUGAAGGUGUUUCAGAAAAUAGGAAGCAGUGGCAGCAGGAAGCACCAGGGACUUUAAUGGAUGCUUUGGCAGCAGCACCUCUUACAAGCAGCUCAUUUUCUGCCAGUGAAGGAGAGCCUGUAGGAACAUUAAAACAAUGGCUUCCUAAAGAAGAAGAGGGGAAGGUGGGAAUGUCCUCUGGCAUUGAAGGAGAUGAGGAACAACUGGAACCAGGCUCUGAUGAUGAUACAAAUUUUGAAGAGUCUGAAGAUGAGUUGAGAAACGAAGUAGUAGAAUCCCUAGAAAAACUCACUACUUCCAAAGAAGUAAAAAGGGAAGAGGUUUCCAGUUCCUUUAAGGAUGUUGAAAAACCAGGAGAAAGAGAAAGGAUUAGCAUGCUGAAAUCUGAAGAAUUAAAUGAAGGUUUGGAGGCUGUUUCUAGUCCCAUCUAAUGACCGAAUUUGUAUUAUUGAUGAAGACAAAGGAACAUCAACA